GGGAACAAGUUGUUCAGCUUCUCAGGUGAAACUGCAGUCAAACACCUGUUCACAUUCCAGAGACAGCAGCAGAGCCGACAUCAGGACCAUCCUGCAGGCAUCGGGGACUGACCUACUGUACAGCCUGGAGCCAUCAGUAUAGACAGGACCUGAAUUACUGAACCCCGGCCCCCUACCUGCCCGAGGACUUCUUUCACCGCCGACUGGUGUCUGGCCCUGGAUCCUCAGUGACAAUCUUGGGGUGUUUUGUAGCUGGAGCCCUCGUUUGUGGAGGGUGAACUCUAGUGUAACCAUGGAGCAGCAUCUUUGUCGUGUGAUAUUACUGCUGGCAGCCGUGAACUUGGCGUUCGGUCAAAUCGCCAAUCGCAUUGUUGGAGGACAGAAUGGGAGGAUUGAGGACUGGCCGUGGCAGGCGAGCGUGCGGCAUCUACAGACGCACGUCUGCGGAGGGUCCAUACUGUCAUCGCGCUAUGUCCUGACCGCCGCGCACUGCUUCCCACCGGAACAUCUGGAUACAGAUUAUGAAGUUGUUGCUGGGACGACGGCUCUGUCCACCACGGACUCCACUGUCCAGCUGGCUCUGGUGGAACAGUCCUUUAAGAACCCGGCGUACACACCAGAAGCCUAUUCCUCAGAUAUUGCUAUAAUCAAACUAAAGACCCCAUUGACCUUCGGCAGCGCUAUAAAGCCCAUCCGCCUGCCCUCUGCCAACGUCCAGUUCCCGGCUGGCAUGCGAUGCGCAAUCACUGGAUGGGGCCAUACCGCGCACUCAGUUCCACUUACAAACCCUCAAACCCUCCAGGUUGCUUAUGUGACACUCAUCAGCAGAAGGACGUGCAACUGUCUGUACAAAAUCAACCCCAGCGCGGACACGCUGUCGUCCAUACAGCAAGACAUGAUCUGCGCCGGGUUAGUGGACGGAUCUGUCGAUGCGUGUCAGGGCGACUCCGGAGGACCCCUCUCCUGUUUUACAAAUAACAACUGGUACCAGGCUGGCGUGGUCAGCUGGGGAGAGGAGUGUGGAUCCGCAAACAGGCCUGGAGUCUACACUGCCAUCUCUGCCCAUAUCGGCUGGAUCAAGAGCGUGGUCCCAGACGUUCAGGUGGAUGACUUCGUCGUGGACGCAGCCCCGAUGCCUGACAAUGAGGGAGGCUGUAAGGCAGCGGAUGGCCAGUUAUACCCCUACCCUAACAGUGCAGCGGUGGUCCUGGUCACUCUGGGCAUGCUGCCCCUCUACUGGCUGACCGCGUAUUUCCUGACUGAGCUGUAAUCCAGCUGAGAUCAGUCACUUGCCCUCCAUACCACCCCCCAACCUUUAUUAUACACUCCUCUCUGUAUUGUGUCUUUUCCCUUUACUUCAAUGUCCGGGUUUGGCUAAAGUCACGCUCACAAUUAAGACUAUGCAACUGAUUAAUGGUGCUCAUACCGAGCCUGCCAUAACUGAAUGUCUUCCAGCAGUCGCCCAUCAUCUGAUAGUGGCCCCAUUCCGAAGAAGUUAGGCUCUGGCCCUUUUGUCACCAUCUUCCUCCAAUCAUUUGCCACUGGAUGUCCAGGAGGGGCACGUCAUCGCAUUAAUGGGAGGAGGUAUUCUGUGUCUGCACCUCAGGGGCGGGCCUUGGAUCAGGUGUCUCCAUGAGGAUGGGGGGGGGGGGCAGCUGAACACUUGUGUACCUCUCCUGGAGGGAACGAAUCCUAUGUCUGUGACCUCGUAUACUUGUAAAUAAAUGAUUUAUGUGGAGAAUGCGAGGCCCGGGCUGGAAACACUAUUCACAUUAAUGGCUGCGUGCGAUUAGGAGAAUGAUUUGCUCACAUCUCUAUUAAAUACAUGAAAUCUUAUUAGGCUGGGAACGAUGGCUUCAUAAAUUAAACAGCCACCGCAUAUACCAUGUCUGGGAAAGCUGGGUGACGUUACAUUUGUGCCCCACACUCGCAGACGCUAGCUUGACGUCGGGGCUCCGCAGCGAGGACACAGGACACACUGUGAAUGUAGAUGUAGAUUUUGUCGCAAUCUUCACAUCUGAAAUGUUUAUUCUGAGAAUUAUUCACCCUCCUGUUAAUAAAUUAUUUUUAAGACAAAGA